UCCAGCGGCCCGACGCACCGCUGUCUCCCCACAUGACCUUAUCUUCUCCCCCAGUCGUCUUCCCCGAUCCCCUUCCCGUCGUUCUUCGCUUGCGUUGUCCGCCGCAAUUUAUCUCUCAUCGCCGCUUCGCUCCCUCCUUCACAGCACCGCGCCUAAUAGGCUCCCCUCUCUCCUUGCCCUUUCUUGCCGCCGGAGCUCGACAUGUGAGGCGACGACUAUUAUGGCUGUGGGGCGAUGGCACCUUCCAGCGACGGCGCCGCAAGGCAGUGCGGUGCAGGAUGUUGCAAGGCUGCGGAGGCCGAUGCCAAACUGCAAGCAGCCGCCGCCUGGAGGUUCUCCGACACCGGAGCCCACCUCCUCCUCGCCCACGUCGCCGACGUCCAUCCUCGUCGGAUCCGGUGCCGCGGGGCCUCCCUGCGCCUCCGCCGCCCUGCCAAGUCCGUCUGCUGGAGCCGCCUCUGUCCGCUGCCUGUUCAGUCCCCUACCUCGACCACGUCUGUACGCGUGCGCAAGGGCUGCAAGGCCUAGCAGUGAUUCGUGACGUUCAUGUGCGGGGACAUGCGGAGGCCGGCGCCGGCGAGCAGGCACGCGUCGACGGGGCCAUGUUGGAGGUUAUGGGCGCCGACCUGCUGCACCCACCUCGAGCCGACCGCGGCUGCUGGCCGACGAGCACAAGAGAGCUCGGGUGCUUGGGAAUGGAGACAACAUACGCAGGGGGGGUGCGAUGCCGGAGGCGGAGGAGAGGGGCGGGCACCUUCCGCGCCGACGAGCGCAGCCGAAGCUGUCCCCCCUUCCACCUUCUCUACCUUUGGAUAAGGAGCGCGGGUGGAGUUGUUAAAAAGACAGGGAUUAAUUUGCAAAAACGAAUCAUUUUACCAGAUCCACUUACAUAGGGAUUGCGGGUUGGAUUAUCUAAAACUAUAGGGGGUUUUAUG